CGGCGACCUGUGGAUCAGCAACCUGAUGGUGCGCGCGGACGGGCCGGCCGUGCGCCUGCUGGACUUCCAGACACCGCGCUACGCGCCGCCCGCGCAGGACGUGGAGAUGCUGCUGUGCACGUGCGCCGGCCACGCGCUGCUGGCCGAGCGCGGGGACGAACUCCGCGACAGGUACUACACGUCGCUGCGCGCGCGGCUGUCGGCCGCCGGGCUGCGCGCGGAGGCGCUGCUGUCGCGCGAGGCGUUCGCGGCGUCGUGCGCGGAGUACGCGCCGCUGGGCCGCCUCGCCGCCGCCGUCUUCCACUCGAACAACCUGCUGCCGCAGGUGGCGCUGCGCGCGUCGCUGGCGCGCCACGGCCGCCGCCGCCACCUGGUGCGCGACCGCGUGGCGCUCGUCACGCGCGCCUUCGCCGACGACGCGGCCUUCCGGCGGCGCAUCACACGCGACCUGCGCGAGAUCGUCGCGCGCGACCUCGCCCCGCCCACGCGCACGCCCACGCCCACGCCCACGCCCACUCACGAGGCAACGGAGGCCACGCCUUCCCAUAAAAUCGAUUAA